CGAAAAUAUUUAUAUUCCACAUAUCACCACUGCCGUGUGGUCCAAUCAAAAUGCUUAAGUUUACCGUGCUAGUUUUGUGUUUGGCCUUGGUGACAGAUGCCGCGCUCGUACGCGUACCGUUGAAUAAGCCCAACAAACGGCGCUCGAUUAAAAACUACAGCACGAACCUCGCCGUGCUGCGCAGCAAAUACAACUCGAAUUUCGUCGCUACCUCCGAGCAAUUGAGCAACUAUCUGGACGAUCAAUAUUAUGGACCCAUCACCAUUGGUACACCACCACAAAAUUUCAACGUGCUUUUCGAUACAGGUUCAUCAAACUUAUGGGUACCUGGAGCACCGUGCGCUUCCACCGAUGAGGCCUGCUUAACACACAAUACCUACGACUCCAGUGCAUCGAGCACAUACCAGGCGAAUGGCCAGAGUUUCGCUAUAGCAUACGGUAGCGGUAGCCUGACGGGUUACUUAGCCGUGGAUACAGUCACGUUUAAUGGUCUAAGCAUUGCACAGCAGACAUUUGCUGUAGCUACCUCUGAGCCAGGCACUACGUUUCUUUACUCCGAAUUCGAUGGUAUUCUGGGCAUGGGUUAUCAACAGAUUGCGGUCGAUAAUGUAGUGCCACCAUUCUACAACCUGUACACGCAAGGCUUAAUCGAUUCGCCCGUCUUUGCAUUCUAUUUGACUAGUAAUGGCACUUCCACUCAAGGUGGUGAACUUACACUUGGCGGCGUUGAUACUAAUCAUUAUGUUGGUGAACUCACUUAUGUGCCGGUGGUAAGCGAAGGUUACUGGCAAUUCAAUAUGGAUUCGGUCAUCAUUAAUGAUGAGGACAUAUGCUCUGAGUGCUCAGCCAUUGCCGAUACGGGCACCAGUUUGUUGGCUGUACCGACCGACAUUUACGAAAAUGUACAGAAUGCUAUUGGCGCUCAACUCAGCAGUGAUGAAGCAUAUUAUGUGGAUUGUUCGGUAGUGAGCAGUUUGCCAACUAUUUCGUUUGGUAUUGGCGGCACAACCUUUAGCCUUAGCGGUUCCGAUUACAUUGUAGAGUCGGAUGAUGAGAAUGGUGGUGUCGUGUGUAUGUCCGCUUUCGAAGAUGCUGGCACGAACUUUUGGAUUCUUGGCGACGUCUUCAUUAGCAAGUAUUACACGGUCUUUGAUAUGGGUAAUAAUCAAGUGGGUUUUGCUCCAGCAGCCAGUGAAGCAUUGACUGAUGACCCGAGCUCAACUUGCAGUUGCGCGUGUGAGUGAAAAUUAUCGAUAUAAUGGAAGAGUUAUUAACGAAACCAAUUUAACGCUUAUUCUUUUACUUUUGUUUAAUAAAAUAUUAUAAAAAUAGCGAUCACUGCAAAAAUAUAUACGAUCCACAACUUG